UUUAUUCCCAGGCUCAAUUUUGCCUGCCUUUGCCCAAUAAUAGGUUUCUCUCUGUUAAAUUGUCUCCUGUCUUGUUUGACUUAAGGAUUGUACUGUUGGCCAAGCCCAAAGAAAGUCUACUGCCAUCACCUCUCAGCUAUUCUUCUGUUUCCUAACAGGUUGAAGUCUAUUGCUCAUAAACUGUGACUAAGGCACAUGCAGAUCAUAAAGAUUAGACAAUGUGUGUAUAUUCUAGCUACUAUGCAUACUGAUAGCUGCAAGAACAGUUAAUGAACCAAGGGAUAGUCCAGGUAGUCAGACUUCAAAUAUAGAACAAAGUGCUCAGGAAAGUGCUCCUGGAAAGAAAAACAAAAGACGAUCUCUGGGAAAUUCUGCUGAGGUAAAAGCAUGAGCAGUUGGACCACACUGAAGUCCACCAGCUGGACGUAUCCUACCGCUGUCCUGUCACUCUAUGGGUUUUUUGCUAACUGCAGACCAGCAGAGCCCUUCCUCAUACCAUAUCUAAUUGGACCACACAAGAACAUCUCUGGAGAAGUGGUGACCAACUACCUGUUCCCUAUCUGGACGUACUCAUACCUGGCCUGCCUUUUCCCCGUCUUCCUCCUGAGUGACUUCCUGAGGCACAAGCCCCUCAUUGUGGUACAGGGGCUCUUCCUGGUCACCAACUAUGUCCUGCUCUGCUUUGCCACGGCUCUGCCCGCUAUGGUCUUCCUUCAGGUCAUCUAUGCUGUAGUGACUUCCACAGAGGUGGCCUACUUUUCCUACAUUUACACCUUGAUUCCAGUUGAGAAUUACCAAAGAGCCACUGGUUACCUGCGCAGUGCAAUGCUGGCUGGGUAUACAUUUGGUGCAAGCCUGGGCCAACUGCUGGUAUCUCUGGCAGGAUUGGAUUACUUCUACAUCAAUGUCAUCACUCUGGGGACUGUAAGCAUGGCUUUUCUCAUCUCCUUCUGGUUGCCAAUGCCCCAGAGGAGCCUGUUCUUCAAAGGGAAACAGGCAGCAGCUGUGGGCUUGCAGUCCCAGCAGGAGGGGCCUCUGGGAGCAGACGGGCCUGAGGAACCAGAGGUGGAUAAGGAUGAAGCUGGCUCAGGGAGAGAGAAGAUGGAGCAUAAUGGCAGUGCUGGCUGGUGCAGCAGGGAAAAUGUGGCCUCUGCAGCCCAUCUACUUUGGCAAAGCUUCAGGGAGUCCUAUUCUUCCAGGACUUUAAUCUACUGGUCCUUGUGGUGGGCUUUGGCCACAGCUGGCUAUGUGCAGGUUUUCAACUACAUCCAGCUAAUGUGGAACCAUAUAGAACCAUCUGCCACAUCAUCCAUCUACAAUGGAGGUGUAGAGGCUGCAUGCUCCCUUGUAGGUGCUGCAGCGGCCUUCUCCGUGGGCCACAUCAAGGUGUCCUGGGACGUGUGGGGAGAGCUGGCAUUGGGGUUGUUCUCAGCCGUAGGGUCAGGUGCUGUGUUUCUGAUGGCGCUCACCAGCAGUAUCUGGGCAUGCUAUGCUGGUUAUGUCAUAUUCAAGUCCUGCUAUAUGCUUCUCAUCACCAUCACAACAUUUCAGAUUGCAUCCAACCUAUCCAUGGAGUGCUACGCCUUGAAUUUUGGGAUCAACACUUUUGUGGCCCUUUCACUGCAGACCAUCGUAACGGUCAUAGUAGUUGAUGAAGCUGCAUUGGGACUGGACGUAGUUACACAGUUCAUCAUCUACGGCAGCUACUACGCCAUCAUCUCAGUGCUCUUUCUGAUUCGAGGGACCUACACCGCCUGUAGAAAGCAACGCAAUCCUGAGUCCACUGUGGAGGUGAUAUCUUCUGAGCGUUUCUGACCAAAGGUCAACAAAGUCUUCACAACACUAAAUGAGAAGAUUAUUGUUCCAUUUUUUUUAUAGGGAAUAAAAUAAUCAUACUUCAACAGUAUUACUGUAAUGAGUGUAAA